AAGUCAAAGGACAAGCCUCGAAAACCGAAGAAGCCCUACCACAUCAAGCGCGAGGACCUCCAUCUCGAAGAAUAUAUCGAGGAACGAGACUCCAAAAGUCCACGCAUUUUCUUUUCGCGCCUCGGCCGUCACUUCUACCAUUCUACCCAAUUGCGUAUCUACAUCGUUCUGCAGGUCAUAGCAGUGUAUAUCGGGUUCGGGCAGCUGAUGCUGAUCAUUGGUCUCUUCUGGGCGAUGCUCGCCAAUACUACCAAAAGAAAGGAGGGCGAGAAGAGCGCGUAUUCUUUGUUCAAUGAGGGUGUAGAAGCGAUUGCUGGUAGUCCGGAUAUGGAGGCCAUUGAAAGGGAGUUGAGGACG